GUUGAAAGAAAAAAAGAGUAAACUGAAAAUGGAGACAUAGUCCAAUGGGCCUUUUUGUAGCUCCGUUGUCGGUCGCCCAAUAUUUAGAACUUGGAAGCGACGACCAUAGUUGAAAAAUAGGAUCCAGAGGCUGAUGCUGAUGCCAAUUCCAUCAACGCUCUCAUCUCCUCAUCUCCAGAAAAAAAAAGAAGAGAAGAGAAAUUUUAAUAAAAUAAAUAAAAAAUGGUUUAUGCUCUGCGAUUCUCCUGCCACAGCUUCUGCCUCCACUCACGGCCAAAUUCAAUCCCUGCGAGACUUCACAGAUUUCAGAUUCUCUGCAAGUCCUCGCUACCUCAUUCCGCCGGAGCACAGGACUCCCAAUCUUUAAAGGAUGACGGUGACUCUCACCUGAUUUUGCUCGAAAAAUACGGCAAUGGCACUUCCAAAAGAUAUGUUGUGGAGGGUGAUUCUCAAAUUAGAACAAUCCUUGAGGAACCUUUGCCCGGAACUAAGGUGUUGCAGGAUUCAUAUAGUAUGGGAACUGACAAGGCCUUGACUUGGCUUCCGAAAGUCAUCAAAGAUUUUAUCCUUCCUACAGGCUUCCCAGAUUCAGUUUCAGACGAUUACUUGGAAUACAUAUUGCUUCAAUUUCCAACUAAUGUUACAGGGUGGAUAUGUCAUACAUUGGUCACUUCCAGUCUUUUACAGGCACGUGAAUCUAACUCAGGCUGUUGGAGUAGGCUCAUUUUCAGGAACUGCAGCUGCAGCUUCUGCCGCUGCCAUCAGGUGAUAGCUUGUGUCCUUAUUCAAUUGUCUCUUUGCGGAUGGGUAUCAAAGGAUGGCAUUGGAGCUGUUGGGCGCUUGUUCAUAGGUGGGAGAUUCGGUAAUCUUUUUGACGAUGAUCCUAAACAGUGGCGCUUGUAUGCGGACUUCAUUGGCAGCACAGGAAGCAUCUUUGACCUCAGUACCCAAUUGUAUCCUGCUUACUUCUUGCCAUUGGCAUCUCUAGGAAAUCUUGCAAAGGCAGUCGGGAGGGGUCUAAGAGAUCCUUCAUUUCGCGUGAUACAAAACCACUUUGCGAUCUCCGGAAAUCUGGGAGAGGUAUCAGCCAAGGAGGAAGUUUGGGAAGUUGCUGCUGAGCUGGUUGGCCUUGCUUUAGGCAUACUUGCUCUGGAUACACCUGGUAUUUCAUCCUCAUAUCCUGUGUUGGCAUCAACAUGGCUGGCCACUCGGCUUCUUCACCUCUGGUUCCGCUAUUUGUCCCUCUCAGUUCUGAGGUUUAAUACGAUAAAUCUCAAGCGUGCUCGCAUAUUGGUGAACUCACAUAUUUUAUACCAGAAAGUUCCAGGAAUCAGUGACUGCAACAGGAUGGAGAAUAUAUUAGUAUGGGAAAAAUUUCUUAGACCAAGAAUUACUUUUGGCGUGUCAUUGGAAGAGAUGGUAACUGGCAAGAAACGUGGCUCUAUGGUGAGGAUGCUUCUAGAACUAUACACGGAGGAGAAAUAUUUUCUUGUGGUGAACCAACUACAGACAGAAUUUGAGGUCUUUGUGUCCUUUAAGGAGGGUGCUACAAGUAUUUCAGUGUUUCGAAGUGUGUGGCAAUCCUACUGGCUCCAUCAGAAUUGGAGCAGGUUGGAUGAUAUCUUUAGCCAACUUGAACAAAGUUUGAUUGAAUUGAAGAAUGGGUUUGAUGAUUUUUGGUCUCAACUAGGAGAGGCUGGAUGGGAUACAAAUCAGAUAAAUCUAAAAGUGCCAAAGGAAAUCUCGAUCCAGGAACUUCAUACCGUCUAAUCAUUCACUUCAUGUGCAGGGGAUAUCUGAGAACAUUCCUACGUCAUGACUCCAAGGUGAUUUCAAUGUGACAUAAAUCUGAUAUAAUGAGAUCUGUUGCGCUUGCAUCUGAAUCUUGACUGUCAACUAGAAGUUCUAACUGAACUAGGUUUGAUCCCUGCUAAGAGUUGCUUUAUAGUUGUUAUAAGCUUAACGCCUCAACAUACAUGUUGGAAGUUAGUGUAAGUUCCUCCAAUUUUGUAAUGAGUUGGGAUUUUCAGUUAAUCAAUUUCAGGUACUAAAGUUGUAAGCUAUAUAAACGACAUUACAUGGUUGACUCAUUAUUGUCUUUGUUUA